GUCGUUGAAAGAGCAGCUGCUACUAACUGUGAACGCCCUAAAGUACUGUUCACAGUCAAGUCUAGAUCAACCAUUGGAGCGGGAGAAAAAUUGUACUCUUUUCAAUGAUCAAAUAGUAGGUCCUACUGAUCACUAUGCAUUGCUUGAAAGCUCUGAGGACAGCCAACCCAGGAGUCUUGCGGCUAUUGAAGAAUGCAGGCAUCACAAACAGAGUUGGAGCUGACAGCAGUGUUCUGUCCAGGACGCAGCUAGCUGUUUUUCUGCCCUGCCGGCUCACAACACCACCUCAUACCCACAGAGCCCUUCAUUACCAGACCGGUCCUGAUGUGGCGCAAGGACAUGGCAAGUUGAUGUCUAGUAUGGUAGACUUACUUUUCUACACAAUCACCGACGGCAGAGAGAUGAUCCCCAUGUCACAGUUCUUAUCAGCUUUGAGAAAAACAGGUCUGUGGACUUCUGACCCUCGGCUGCGUGACUGCAUGCGUCAGAUUCGCCAAGUCACACUUGACUCACUGGGGCCUGUCAUGAUGGACAAAACGCUCUUUAGAAGGUGUGUAGGUAACAACAUCAUGCUGCUGACAAAGGCCUUCCGAAAAAUGUUCAUCAUCCCAGAUUUUCAAGCGUUCACUCAGAAAAUUAAAGUAAUAUAUGACAGCGCACAACAGCAAGAUGGGGGACAAGUAGCUGAUUACAUUCCUCAACUUGCAAAAUUCAGCUCUGACAUUUGGGGAGUAUCUCUGUGUACCGUUGAUGGACAAAGGCACUCAAUGGGUGACACCAAGGUUCCCUUCUGUCUGCAGUCGUGUGUCAAGCCACUGGAGUACGCCAUCGCUGUGCACGAACUGGGCAGCGAACACGUCCACCAGUUUGUGGGCAAAGAGCCUAGUGGAUUCAGGUUCAACAACCUAUCGCUCAAUGAGGAGGAUAAACCACACAAUCCAAUGGUGAAUGCUGGAGCUAUCGUUAUCAGUUCAUUAAUAAAGCCUGACUCCAAAAAAGCAGAGAGGUUCGAUUACGUAAUGGAGUUUUUGAAGCGUACAGCCGGAGCAGAGUAUGUUGGCUUCAGCAAUGCAACGUUCCAGUCCGAGAGGGAGACAGGUGAUCGGAACUAUGCAAUUGGUUAUUACCUCAAGGAAAAAAAAUGCUUCCCCAAGAACGUUGACAUGAGUGAUGCCCUUGACUUCUAUUUCCAGCUGUGCGCCAUUGAGAUGACAUGUGAGUCGGGCAGCGUCAUGGCGGCCACGCUGGCCAACGGAGGCAUAUGUCCAAUCACCGGCGAACGUGUGCUGAGCACAGAGGCCGUUCGGAACACGCUGAGUCUCAUGCAUUCCUGCGGGAUGUACGACUUCUCCGGACAGUUCGCCUUCCAUGUGGGCUUGCCUGCCAAAUCUGGGGUUUCCGGUGCCGUUCUCCUGGUGGUCCCCAAUGUCAUGGGCAUGGUGUGUUGGUCUCCCUCUUUGGAUCGCCUGGGGAACAGCGUGCGCGGCAUUCACUUCUGCCAGGAGCUGGUGUCUCAUUUUAACUUCCACAAUUACGACAACCUGAGACACUUCACCAAGAAGCACGACCCCAGAAGAAGCUUAGAUGACGAGCCGAACAAAGCAGUUGUAAACUUGAUGUUUGCGGCCUACAGCGGUGACGUCUCUGCUCUGAGGAGGUUUGCUCUUUCUACGUUGAACAUGGACCAGCGAGACUACGACUCUCGUACAGCUCUCCACAUCGCUGCAGCAGAAGGUCAUUUAGAAGCUGUCAUCUUCCUCACUGAUGAAUGUAAAGUGGAUCCUUAUAUCAAAGACAGAUGGGGCAACACUCCUCUGGAUGACGCCAGGCAGUUUGACCAUCACGUCAUCGCCACCAUCCUGCAGCAGUACCAGCUUGCGUACAGUAACGGCGAGUCAUCGAGCUUCAAGGAGGAGCAGAAGACCACCAUGGAUACGCUGGAGAGCAUCAAUUGAGGGAUGGAGCGAGGCUCAACUAAUAUGGCACUUGAAAUGAAACAGGGUGACUCAGACAAACGAGUCAUGUAGGAUUUUAGAUGUAGUUCGGGCAAUUUAUGCACAAUAACAGAUCUGCGGCAGCACGGGAAAGUUGUGGUUAGCACCGGCUCACAGUCAGGUGAUUCGGGUUCCAGUGUAUUUGGGAACAUCUCUUUAAAGGUGUGUUCGUGUGCUCCAAGUGAUCUCUGCAUCCUCAAAACAAGCUUCCUUUUUUUUUAAAUUGAAGACUUGUGAAAAUGGCUGGGAAUGGUUAUCCAGUCCCCUCCAAAAGUAUUGAAAUGACAAGGUCACUUUUUUCGAAUAUUUAUUCCUUUUGUCAGUAUUCAGGGACACAACAAUCAAAUAUUAUAAUACAAGCACAAUCGUAAAGUCCGGCCACAACAAAGCAAAUUCUGUUCAAUUAAUAACAGAAAGGGAUUAAUUUUUAAUGAGUGCCAGUAUUUUUGAUGUCCUCUUUCAUUGGAGUUCAUGAAAUCGUGCAAGUUCACCUGAUGUGUUCAUUGACGGUGCUCACUAAUGCUAUGCCAGUUACCGGCAAGUAUCUUUAUAUUAUUGCACAAUAUUUCAUGGCACUGUCCGGUGGAGGCACAUUUUAUUCUAUUCCUCAUAUAACACAUAAGUGUUAUGUGCUGCUGUAUAUAAUUGUAGUAGGUGUUCUUAUCCCAGUCGUAAGAAAAAGCCAAUUCCUGUUAUUAUUUGUCCUCCUGCACAAAUGUUUCUGAAACAGAUUACGUGACUCUCAAACGAAGGUGACUCAAAUACUUGUGACUUUUCAUAACAAUUAUGUCAUGUCAAGAAGCUUGUGUUUAGGAAUACUAUUGUGUUAAUUCAAAAGAGAAACAUUUCUAGUGGUAGACAAAUGACUCAGGGUAACAUUCAUAUGUGGCAGAAGAUGUAAUAACGUGUUGUUCUGUUCUUGUUAUAAAUAUACGUCAUCAUAAUGUGAAGAAUAGAAACGUGAAGAAGUCAAUUGUGAUCUUCCUUUAAUAAUGUACAGUAUUAAGAUGACCAAGAAGCACCAGAAAAGUUGAUCAAUGCAUGGCAUGCCGGCGAGCCAUCAAAGAGGCUCAUCGAAAUCAACCUGCAGAGCAUCAGACACGUUACAGUCAUCAAUGAGUCACUUGUAUCUACAGUACACACACACACGCACACUGCAUUACAGCGAGACUUGCAACACAUCAGAAAAAAUUUCGAUGGGAUUUUAUGGGCACAAACAAGGAAUUUUCAAAAUUGGAGUUGGCUCUGAAUAGGAUUCUUAAAUACUGUUGUGGAGAGUAAUCCUGACUGACAAUUGUAUUUCGUGCAGGUAGAGUGGUACCUUGACUUAC